AUGGACUAAAAUGAGACUAUAGUUUAACUGACGUCUAAAAGUUGAGAUGAAGCCUUUCGCCAGCGUCGUUAAAGCUAAACUGAUGUCACAGCCAGCAGCUGAAGCUCCUCUGAUCAUCCAGGACUUUAAAGACGGGCUAUCCAGUUAUCCUUCAAACAACAUCUCAGGUUUUCCAGUGUUUGGAAGUAACACAGCUGGUGAUUCCAGGCUCAGAGUAUUCUCAUCAAGACAGAAAUACCCAUGCUCCCUAAGCUAUUCCAAGGAUCUAAAGCCACACAUUGAGGGAACUCUACUUCCGCUUUUAGCCAAAGACCAGUCGGCAAUGACCAAAUGUACCUCGGUCAACAAUGUUUCUGACAGUGAUAUUUCGGGUCGACAUUUUUUAUUUGAUAGAAGGUGGAGAAAUGGAAUGUACAUCACCAAUGAUAUUGAAGAUAAUGCUCUGAUAAAACAAAACUCCACAAUACGUCUACCCUCUCAGGAGUUUCAUGUUUAUCAGUCUCACAAUUUUACUAGAUUUGCCCACCGCAAAGAAUUUUCUCAGAGCAACCCAAAGCCACUUAUUUUUGGGUCUGAUUAUCUUACCUCAUUUCCAUCAGUUCUGUUACCAGCCACAACUCCAUCUGUCAGUGAAAAACACUGUUUAUCUCUAAACUAUAAAAACAGAUCAAGGAUGAAAAGCAGAGCUCGUAAUCUCUUCACUGUUGGUGCUAACAAGAAACCUCAGUCCUACCCUGAUCCACUCCUGAGCGCCUCGGCCUCUUUCGUUCAGAGGCUCAUGGAGAUCUCUUCUCUGGAGGCGGACACGGUCCGACAGGAGAAAAUUAAGAGACUCAAAAAAAUCAAUAGGCAGGACACUUAAUCAGAGUUCAUUAGCCAAAGAGGAAGCACAUUGCACCUGAAUUCACAACUGUGCCAAGGCUGUGUAAAUAAUGGGGAAAACCUGAGAGGUACAAAGUGUUGUAGCAUAAUGACUGUAACUACUGUACAACCCAUUACAUUUCUGGAGUAUACCUUCCAA